CUCCAUAUAAAGACUCGUGAGCUCCUCCCUAUCUUCCCCAAGUUUCAAAACUAAGCUUCGUAAAAAACAUCCUUGGUAUUGUAGUCGGAGAUGGCGGUUCUGACGACGGUGCUCUGUGCUCUGACAGCCGCCUGGGCUCUCAAACUGUUUCAUGCCGUCUGGUGGAAGCCCAAGAUGAUAGAGAAGAAGCUGAGGGAACAGGGCAUCCAUGGCUACCCCUACAAGCUGGUUUAUGGGAACACCAAGGAGAUGAUGGAGUUAGCUCGGGAAAAAGGGUCGGAACCGACGGAGCUGCCCCACGACAUCUUACCUCGUAUCAAUCCAUUGCUUCAUGAUCUCGCCACUACUCACAAGAAAUCGUUCGUUGUUUGGUACGGAACAACUCCACGCGUGGCAAUCAUGGAGCCAAAUUUGAUCAAAGAGAUUCUGAACAACAAAUCUGGGGAUUUCCCAAAGCCAAAAACAAAUUCAUUCACUCAGCUGUUCGUGUCUGGCCUUGCCACUUAUAACGGAGAUAAAUGGUCCAAGCACAGGAAGAUCGUUGAUCAUGCUUUCCAUUUAGAGAAGAUGAAGCAUAUGAUGCCUGCAAUCGAUGUUUGCACCGACGAGAUGAUUUCAAAGUGGAGAAAGCUAGUGAACUUCAUGGGGUCUAGCGAAGUCGACAUGUCGGUCGAGUUCCAAAACUUAACAGGCGAUGUCAUAUCGAGAGCCGCGUUCGGCAGCAAUUUCGAAGAAGGGAGGUUGGUUUUCCUUCUGCAGAAGGAACAAGGCCUGCUGUUUUUACAGUCUCAGAUGAACAUCAAUUUCCCAUUGUUAAGCUACCUUCCAACCAAAGUGAACAAGAGGAUGAAGCACGUAAACAGAGAAGUGGGAUCCUUAUUGACAAGAAUAAUAAAAAAGAGAGAGAAGUUCAUAAGAGCAGGAGAGCACAAGGACGAUCUGCUGGGCUUGCUACUAAAAUCUAACCUCGAACAAGUGCAGGAAGACAACAAUUCGGAAGCAGGGAUGAGCCUGCAAGAUGUGAUCGAGGAGUGCAAGUUGUUCUACUUCGCCGGUCAAGAAACAACAGCCAAUUUAUUGACAUGGACCAUGAUCGUGUUGAGCAUGCACCAGGAAUGGCAGGACCGAGCCAGGGAAGAAGUGUUUAGAGUGUUCAGGAACGAUAACGCCCCGCCAAAUCACGACGAUCUGAACCGACUGAAGAUCGUAAACAUGAUCCUGCUCGAAGUCCUGAGACUGUAUCCCUCGACAUCGCUGAUCCGAUCCACGAACAAAGAGACGAAGCUCGGUGAUAUGUGUCUUCCUGCAGGGGUGCAGCUGUUCAUGCGACUGCACCUUGUCCAUAGAGAUAAAGAGCAAUGGGGAGACGACGCAAUGGAGUUCAAGCCGGAGAGGUUCUCCGAUGGGAAGUUCGAGACGACAAAAGAUAAAUUGUCGUACUAUCCUUUCGGAUGGGGGCCUAGAGUGUGCGUUGGACAGAACUUCGCCAUGCUUGAAUCCAAAAUGGCCAUGGCCAAAAUCCUGCACAACUUCUCGUUUGAACUGUCGCCAAAUUAUACGCACGCCCCAUAUUCUGCUGUAACACUUCAACCUCGAUACGGUGCUCCGAUCAUCUUACAUAAACUACCCAGUGUCACUACAAUUGCAGCAGUCUCGUGAAAAUGCUCCAAGCGUCUACGAUUAUAUAUACGUGUGUAUUUUUUUA